AGCACUACUAAAUGGUGUCUCAUCGUGGUAUAGCACCAGAGAAAGCACGCCUGUUGCAAAUAAGAAAGGACUUAAUUUACGGCACAGUGACAGCUGCACGUCGUCGUCGAGAGUGUCUGAGAGGUGCGACUGUCAGAUUCCUGUGGUCCUCUCCAACAGCCCAAGGAUUCUACCCAAGUAAUGUGAGUCUUCACAGCAUCCAUAACAGCCCAUCUAAUCCUUGUCUUCCUGCUCAGCAAAGUCGAAAUUACAGUCCAGAGCUGUAUGAUACCAGCAUACACACAACAGAGUUCACAGAGGAGAAACUCGGCCAAGCAGAGAAGACCGAGCUGGAUGCUCACUUUGAGAGCUUGCUUGCAAGAGCCGAUUGCACCAAGAACUGGACAGAAAAAAUCUACAGGCAGACGGAAGUUCUACUGCAGCCAAACCCAAUCGAUCACACUGGUGCCAGGAUUGAGGAAUUCCUUUAUGAGAAACUUGAUCGGAAAGUUCCUUAUCGAGCCACCAAUGGAGAAAUACUGGGACAAUAUAUGCUUGAGGCAGCCAAGGAAUUUGGUUCAGGAACUCCCUAUGGAAGUACCUUGAUUCAAGUGGGUGACUGCCAGAGGAGGCUGGGAGGAGCUGAGCGUGAGUUUCUUCAGACCUCUGCCAUUAGCUUCCUCACUCCCCUACGGAACUUUCUGGAAGGGGACUGGAGGACCAUAACGAAAGAAAGGAGGCUUCUGGAGAACCUGCGGUUGGAUCUGGAUGCCUGUAAAGCCAGGCUAAAGAAGGCCAAGGCCGCCGAGGCCAAGGCCGCUUGUGAGGGAGAAACAGUGCCAGACUUCCAUGAGACCAGACCUCGGAAUUAUGUGCUGUCUGCCAGUGCGUCAGCGCUCUGGACCGAAGAGGUGGAGAAAGCAGAGCAAGAGUUGCGGGCAGCGCAGACCGAGUUUGACCGCCAGGCGGAGGUCACGAGGCUCCUGCUGGAGGGAAUUAGCAGCACGCACGUGAACCACUUGCGGUGCCUGCAUGAGUUUGUGGAGGCCCAGGCCGCAUAUUACGGUCAGUGUCACCAUGUCAUGCAGGAGCUACAGAAAGAGCUGAGAAGUGCCAAUGGAGAUGUAAGAUACCCUAACUCAUUUGUGGUGAAUCCCAGGUCUGUUCGAUGCCCUUCGCUUGACCCCUCCUCCACCGUGCCCGUAAACUCCUUGAGCCCAGAGGUGGAGGCCCUUCAGAUUGAGGAGGUGCAUCCACCCGCAAGCGGCACGCGCAGAGCUAAGGUCCUGUAUGACUAUGACGCUGCUGACACCAGCGAGCUCUCGCUCCUGGCUGAUGAGCUUAUUACAGUGUACACAGUGCCAGGAAUGGACUCUGAUUGGCUGAUUGGGGAGCGAGGAAACCAGAAAGGGAAGGUGCCCGUAACAUACCUGGAGCUCUUGAGUUAAAGAGGUUAUCUAAAUGCAUACAGUGAUGUGCUAUUACAUGCAUUAACAUGUAAUAAUAAGUAGUUAUAAACAGAUUCAGACGUGGACUCAGUUUCAUACUUUUGACUAAGAUAACUUUUUUUUUUUGUAAUCUGAGAGUUUAUUUAUUUUAAUGUCAAUCUUCGUUUACUGUCUCUUGGCAGCACUGAGAAAACAGUUCUUGGUUAUAGUUUAAGGCCUUUAAUUUCGUCCUCAUGAUAUAGUGAGAUCGCAGGCAGUUCAGGUAUUCUCAUAUAACAUUCUUACUAAUACAAGCCUUUCAGCAUUUACAGACAUAAAUCAGAGGAAUCUCUAAUAUGUCGACUCAUGGAUUGUGUUUUACAAUAUUACCACCAAAAUAUCCUCAAAGCCAAAAACUAGAUAAAAGUUAAUAGCUACAUCAUGCCAAAUGCUUGAAUUUGAAAUCUACAGAAGUUUAGAUAUAGAUAUGUGCCUGACUUAACAUUUCUGGACCCAAAAAUAGCUGGUGCACCUAUAACUUAUAACUUAACCUGACUAUAACUCGUCACCUGCUAGUCCAUCUCUAACUUAUCAUAUCCUGUCUGCUCAUAAGCUAAUGUCGGUAAGUUCUAAUGUCUUAACUUCUUGCCUGUUUGCGCGCUUUGGUCUCUCAGCAUCCGGGAACGCCUGCCUGAGCUUCUCUCGUUGGCCUCUGUUAUCUACUUUCUUAACAGCUGAGUGAGGCAAGCCUUGUGUGACUCAGCGUGAACACUGUUUACACAGGCACUGCUGGCCAAUCUUCUGGAAUCAGUUCGUAGAAGUGUUUAGUACAGUCUCUGAGGCCGUGACACCCCUCAGAAUUGUCUCCAUUAGUUGAGAAUGAAUGCAAGUCGAGCAAGUUGUCUUUAUGGCUAGCACCGUGAGACCGCAGGGACUAGUGGGGGAGAGGCUAUUAGGGUUGCUAUGAGACAGGGAAGAACUUAUGCUGUGUAUAGAUCGACUGGGAACAUGACUCGAGAAUUGGAAGUAGGUAAUGAUUUAAGAGGAAUGGUGUGCAAAGAUGCUCUAAAGUUUCCCAGCGAAAUGGGUUUUGAAAUUUAAAUAUAAUUGAAAUAAAAUGGGUUUUAGUAGAAGACUUACAGGACCUAAAACAUUGACAUUCAAUCAUUUAAAUCACAACUAACUAAACUGACUCAUGUUAGCAAACAACACAAAUUAUCUAAGGCAUCAACAAGCAAGCAAAAGCUUAAAAAACUUAAAGGUGAAGCAAUGCCUGUCCUGACAAGCAAAUACAGAUUUGAUAAUGUUGGAUAGCAGUUGAUUUUCCGAUUUCUUCCAUUUAUGUGCUGAUAUUGGCAUUUAUUAAUAAGCAACAGAGUGCAAAGAGCAGCGGAGUGAACAGAUCGAAAAUUCGGGAAACAGGAUUUUUACAAACGUGCUUGCGCCAGUGGGGUUUCCUUUGAGUUGUGCGCCAAGUCUAGUUCUGAACUAAUAUGCAUGGUCCCUAGGAGGUCCGUUCUGAAGUUCCUCCAUAAUCUAGAAUUAUCCUUGUGUCGAAAUAAUUAGAAAAAAAUUAAAAAGCCCUUGCUUUGAAUUUGCAAAUUUAGAUGGAAAAUGUUCAGAAUCUUUAUUCAAAAUACAAAAUAAGGCAUUUAAUAAGUAGAUAUCAGCAAAGAUGUCAAGUGUAAUACGAAUUGUUGCCACACAAGCCUCAAAGUAAUCUUGUGUUAAGGAAUCUUUACAAAUCAUGUUCAUAAGAAAUGAAUGUGCUGGUUUGAUUUGAGAUCGUUUUGAAAUGUGUAUUGCUACAUUCCAUUGUUUUUGUAACCCCUCUUUGUUAGAAUAAUUGUAUAUGUCAGAGUUGCUUUAUUAUAAACUCGGUCUGUAGCAGUGGCAGGCAACUUUGUAAAUUAGUUUUCUACUAACCACUCUGCUUGAGUAGUUAGGUCUGUUGAAGCAUAUUUCACUACACCGGAAGUUGACUGAAUCUGAAUGUGAAAAUUUGAAUUGGAGUGAAAUGACAUUGACACAUUUAUACUCUCUCUGUUGGAUUUCUGCAUGAAGUUUCUCUCCAUGUUAAUGUUGUUUUAAAGAAGCCCAGAGGACCUUUUGUUCAGCUAUUGGUUCUGUCUGUGAGUCAAUGAGACUAUAGGGUGUUUCAAUCCUGAGCAAGUGGGUAAUUUUCUGUCCCGUGAUUAUAGAUGUACUUCUUGGCCAUAACAUUUGUGUUAAAAAUACGCUCCCUGAUGGACAAGAUGUUUGUUGGUCUGCUUUAAACAGAAAAUGUUUUGAAGAUAAUAUAUAAUAUUAGCCAUUCAUUGUCAAAAUUAACUCUCUUUUUUUAAAGCAUGAAUUAAAAAGAUUUCUUUUAAUGAUUAUUGUUUAAUAUCACUCAUUAAUAGCAUUAUCACCAUUCAGCUUUUAUUGUUGUUUUGUAUAUUUAUUGCUGCUGCUAUUGUUUGUGGCCAAAGAUCUGGUAGAAGACAGUGAAUAUGGUAACACUUUACGUUCAGAUUUCAUCACUAGCCAACAUUUAAUGAACCAUGAGCUUUAGCAUUAAUGAACCAUAAGUAAUUAACAAUUUCAUUAAUAGCCCUCUGUAAUACUCCUGGGCAAAUUGGCUAAACUGGAAAAAUCCAGAGGAUUUUAAUUGCCUUGUUACCAUUACCCGUGGUUCACUAAUGGUCAAGUUCAUGGUCUGUUCGUUUAUAAAAAUAUGGUAGUCUGCAUUUCCAUCGAGGUUCAAAUGCAGUUGGUACCACUACACUGUCAGUCUGACUUAUUUGCUUAGUGUGACGUAAGGAGUUAAUGUUGGGUUCACAAGAGGGGCCAUUUGUGCUUGCCUGCCCUAUUGCUAAGUGACUGCCUGUGUUGUUGAUGGCAUUAACGUUUUUCCUUUUACCUUUCUCUCCACUGUAUUUAUUGCCUGGAAUGUAAUAAAAGUAACCUCGAUUGAUA